CAAAUCGGCCGCCGCCCACGGACGACUAGCCCACCGGCAGCCAGCAGCGCGACGACGGCGAGUCGGCCGACCCACCUCGCCACAGCGACGAAAUCAACGCUACUCCAGCUUUCCGAUCUAAUACUAAUCCAGCAGUUCGUGUUUCUGCUAAGACUAGAGUAGUGAAGAUGUGGCGGCGGCCGCAAGCUGUCCUGUGUCGUGUCUCGCUGGCGAACCUGUCUCCAGCGGCAUGGGCUGGUGGUGGGGCCAGCUACUAUGGCUCCUCGUCAGAGGGGGGGAAGGGAAAGGCGGCGCCUUUGCAGGCACGUGGGAUGGUGGACAGGUUCCGGCUACUUGCCAGGGGUGGCGACGGUGGCAAUGGCUGCAUCAGCCAAAGGCGCUCCAGGUCCGACCGCCAAGGCAGGCCCGAUGGUGGUGAUGGAGGAACAGGUGGUAAUGUCAUUCUUGAGUGCUCAAGAUCUGUCUGGGAUUUCAGUAACUUGCAACAUCACACGAAAGCAGUCCGAGGAGGCAAUGGACUUUCUAAGAAACAGAUAGGGACAAGAGGUCCUGACAAGGUCGCACAAGUACCAGUUGGCACAGUGAUUCAUCUAGUCCGAGGGGAGCGACCGUCUUUCACUGUAAAUAAACCAACCAGAUCUCUAGAUCCAUGGGAUAUCCCAGAUGCUGUGGAUGACUCUGCAGACAGUUCCAAUCAGAAGAACAAGGAUGGCAUUAAUGGAUAUGAAGCUGAAAGAGAAAGAAGCAAUCAGUGGGAGAAGCAAACAUACCCUAGUGCAUGCUCCAAGGCUAGGUUUUCGAACGCUGAAGAUAGUGAUGCAAGUAGCAUUCAACCUCAGGUCGAUUUGGAUGAAAAUGAUCAGUUUGAUGAUGACGAUGAAGAAUUUUGGGAGGAUGAAGAAGAGACGGAGGAAGAGGCUCUAGAUGCAGAUGAGGAGGGGGAAGAAGAUGAUAUACAGUAUUCUGUUGCUGAAAUGACAAGACCUGGGCAACGGUUGAUCGUAGCACAAGGAGGGGAGGGUGGGCUAGGGAAUGCUUCUAUCGGCAGAGACGUCCGUCUAUCCAAAGGAAAUAGACAAGAGGAGGUAGCCCGUUUAAGUACUGGACAGCCAGGAACAGAGUCUUUUCUUGUCUUAGAACUGAAGAGCAUUGCUGAUGUUGGCCUUGUUGGUUUGCCAAAUGCCGGAAAGAGCACACUUCUGAGUGCUCUCUCUAGGGCUCGCCCGGAGAUUGCUGACUAUGCGUUCACCACACUAAGGCCCAAUAUUGGUAGCCUAACCUACGACUACUACUUGUCAGUGAAAGUUGCUGACAUACCUGGUCUUAUCAAAGGUGCCCAUGAGAACCGUGGCCUGGGCCAUGCCUUCUUGAGGCACAUUGAGCGCACCAAAGUUCUGUCCUAUGUGCUUGACCUGGCAGCAACACUCAACGGUAGGAAGGGUAUCCCACCAUGGGAGCAGCUACGCGAUCUGGUGGUGGAGCUAGAGCAUUACCAAGAAGGCAUGACAAAGCGGCCAUCGUUGAUUGUUGCAAAUAAAAUAGAUGAAGUGGGAGCUGACGAGAUGUAUGAAGAACUGAAGAGGAGAGUGCAAGGUGUUCCGAUAUUUCCAGUGUGCGCCAUCUUGCAAGAGGGAGUACCUGAUCUGAGAGUUGGCCUGAGAGACCUUAUGGAUGCCUCGGAUCCGCAAGGUGUCGAUUUGAGCAAAGUUAUUGUAGACUAAAAGGCUUUGCCCCUCGUUGGAGAAGAAUUGUUCUCCAAUUUUUUCCCCUUGAGCACUGUCUGCUUACAGAUGCACUGUAGACCCGUGUUGCAAAAAUUGCUCUAAUUUUCUGUGUUGCAGAAUAGAUCAUCCAUUGUAUUAGAAAAUUCAGUGUAAUAAUAACUAAGGGUAACCAGUAUGUAUGCUUUGGUCUUUGAUAGGAACAGCAAUGCGUACUACCAAAAAGGUUCAUUCAAGUGCUGUUUCUAGUGUCCUAAAUAUUACAGUAAUUUUUUGUGUGGAAA